AUGACAACGACAACAACGACAACAACAACAACAACAUCAACAUCAACAUCAACAACAACGACAACGACAACAACGACAACAACGACAACAACGACAACAACAACGACGACAACAACAAUGACAACAACAACGACAACAACAACAACAACAACAACAACGACGACAACAACGACGACAACGACGACAACAACGACAACAACGACGACAACAACAACAACGACGACAACGACAACGACAACGACGACAACGACGAUAACAACGACGACAACGACGACAACAACGACGACAACAACAACAACGACAACAACAGCGACAACAACAACACAUGAUUAA